AUGCCCGCAACAGGUGGUACGGAGCUGCUCGUACAUCCGUACCACAAUAUCGGAGUCGCGAUGGCGACGCCCUCUGGGUUGGUGGUUCCCAACAUCAAGCAUGUUGAGCGCAAGUCCGUAGCGCAGUUGGCCUCGGAGCUACAGCUGCUGCAGCAGUUGGCGGCGGCGGGGCGUCUGCCGGCAGAAGCCCUAGCUGGCGGGACGAUUACCAUCUCCAAUAUUGGCACCAUCGGCGGCAAGUACGGCACCCCCCUCGUUACCCCACCCACUGUGGCAAUUGUGGCGCUGGGCCGACUACAGCUGCUGCCGAGGUACCCGCCCGGUACGACAAUGUCCACUGCUGCUACAGCCGCAUCACCUUUUACCUACCAUUGGGGUGCCGAUCACCGUGCGAUUGAUGGCGCAGCUCUGGCGGCCUUCAGCAACAGCUGGAAGGCCCUCCUGGAGCACCCGGAGCGGCUGCUGCUGCACCUGACGUGA